AUGUUAUGUGAAUUAUUUCAUAACAAAUUGAAAACAGUUUAUAUGGAAAGACGACCUAAUAAAAGGUUAGACGAUUUAAUUAAUUUACUUUUAACAAUCGAAGAAAAUAGUUAUUGGCACUACAAAAGAGACACUAUUUAUCUUGGAACAUUAUCUCUCCCAAAAAAGUAUAAAAAAAGACAUGAAAAAGGAAUGUUGAUUUUGAUAAAUCGAAGGACACAGUCAUCUCUUGAUCAAAAAAUUACUGAUGCCUGUAAAGAUGAAAGCAUAAACUUUAAAAAAAAAUUUAUUAAUGGAGAGAUAGGUUUCAGGAUCUUUACAAAUAAAGAAUUUCAUGCAAAUGAAAUUUUGCUGGAGUACAUUUUCAUGGAAAUCAUUCCAAGAAAAGAGGCCAUAUUAAGGCAUAAAAAAUAUGAGAAUGAAAAAAAAGGUUGCUUUAUUUAUGAUAUUGAUUUCAAAGGUGAAAAUAUAAGUAUUGUUGAUGAAGAAAUUAGUUUAUUGGAAAGAGUUAAAGCAGAUAUUGAUUUUAUGAUUCAUGCUAUAAAAUCAAGUUCUCCUUUGUUAAAGAGUGUAACAAAGAAUCUUUCUCCUUCUAAUUCCCUUGAGGUUGAUACUAAUAGUGAAAAGAGUGAAAUAUGUACAACAAAAAGUCAAUCACUAUUGUGUACUUUGUCUCCUAUUCAUGACUUAGAUGUAAAAAAGAGUGCAAUAUAUGCAAAAAAGAAUCGAUCGCCAUCACAUACUUUGUCUCAUACCCAUGAUUUAGAUAUUAAAAAGAGUGCAAUAGAUGCAAAAAAGAAUCGAUCACCGUCGGAUACUUUGUCUCAUACCCAUGAUUUAGAUAUAAAAAAGAGUGCAAUAUAUGCAACAAAGAAUCGAUCACCGUCGCAUUUUUUGUCUCAUACCCAUGAUUUAGAUAUAAAAAAGAGUGCAAUAUAUGCAACAAAAAAUCGAUCAUCAUUGCGUGCUUUGUCUCAUACCCAUGAUUUAGAUAUGAAAAAAGUAAUUUAUGUUAUGAUUGGCUUGCUCUAAUGGAUAUAAGAUCUAUUGGUUUUGUUGUGCUUCCAAUUUAUUGUUUUUUCUUGUUUUUAAAUAAGCGUUUUCAAAUUGAGUUAGAAUUAGAAUUGUAUAUAUUACUAUGUAAACUAUGUUAUUGUGGUUUAACUGUA